AUGAAUAAAAGCUCAAAAAGACCGGGUUAUAGAGAGCAAAGACAGGCCCCACAAGCUGAGAAGUUUGAUCCAAAUAGAAAUAUGAGAUCCCCACAGGAGAAAGGACAUGUAAACCACCUAAUGAAGAACGAAAUCGAAGAGCUUAAAGACACGGUUAGGUAUCUUGAACAUCAACUAGUCAGUAAGAGACAAGAGCAGGAGGAAUAUCUUCAAGAAAUCUUCCAAGCUAAUGCUCAGGCAAAAGACUCAGAGGUUCAGUGUAUCAAGGAGCAAGCUAUCACACAAAAGCAUGCUCAGAACUAUAAGCAGCUUGAGAAAAAGUUUGAAGACCAUAAAGUCGCCCAAGACCAUAUCGUGGAAAAAGCAACAUUGAAGUUUGGCGAUUACCAAAAUGAAAUUAAUAAUAAGGAAGAAGAGCUUGCAUCAAUGAGAGCCAGACUUCAUAAUAAAGCUGAAGAGUUGAAGAUCGCAGAAAUUGGAGCGGUCACCAAUCAUAUCAGAGCCAAUGAUUUUGGAGCUGAGAUUGUUGAGAGAGAAGAAAUUAUCCAGCAACUCAAAUCUGAAGUUCAGGACCUCAAACAGCAAUUACAUGAAACUCAAGCUCAAAGGAAAAGCGAAGGAACGGCUCUGCUAGAAGUCGAACAUAUUAAGGCAGACAAUGAAAGAUUGAUCAAACUCCUCAAAAAGACUAAGGAAUUCAAGGAAUUUGGAAAAUAUACAGAGACUAUUUCUGGAUCAGUUCGAUAUCUCCCAUCAGCUCAAACAGAGAAGUGUAUUGUCAAGAAGUGUCCUUCGAAUGCUACUGGAGAGAACAUCGACCCUAACAUUGAGAAAGACCAUUGGAUUCCUCAAGAAGCUUUUGAAAUCGCUUACAAAAUCAAGACAGAGCACGAUGGACAGCUGAAUGAUUUGAUGAUAAACCAACUUCUGCAAUCUCUCAACAAGGUAUGGAGGGAAAGAGAGAGAAAGAAUAUUGCUAGGAUAAAAUCUAGCUGCAAUCAUCAGUUGCAGAAAAUGAAGAGACAAAUUACUCACACAGAACCCCUCACUGAAGUUAAUGCUAGGAGUGAGAUUUCAAGGCUCAAGUAUCAGCUCUCAGAUACUCAGAAGAAAUUGAGGGAAAAUGUAGUUCUUGGAAAAAGGAACUUACGAGAAGCUAGUAUCACUGAUGAAGUAGAAGCUGCCUUCAAAGUUGCUGGGUGUCUUCAAGAUGAAAGAAAUAGAGUUGUUCAAGAGAACAAAGCUUUAAAAACUAGAAUUAUAGAUGCAGAGAAACUUCACAUGAAUGAAGAUUUUGAGAGGUCUAAAUUUAUGCAAGGUGCUGCCUGGCAAGCAACUAAAUCUUACCAUGAGACUCACGCCUUAGAGCAAAAGAUCACAGAUCUUGUUACAGAUUUCAAAGAUCAUGAGAGAAAUCUAUACCUUAAGGAUGACCAGAUUGGUCUUCAACUUUUUAGGGAAAAGAAUCAUCAGAUUGUGCUUGAAGAGAUAAAUAACUCUGUUAAGGAUACCACCAACAACUUCAAGAAAAUGAUGGAAAAUGCCACUGACCAUUUUGAUCACUCAAAUAAGCAAGUUGAGGUGCUUGGAGGCAAAGGAAGCUAUAUUCAUUAAUUUAUAAAUCAAUGAGGA